AUGGGAGGAUGGAAUAUAUUCCGGAUCCUGGGAGACUGCUCCCAUCUCCUAUCCAAGGCGAUUCUGAUCUUCGCCAUCCAUCGAAAUAGAAGUGCUGAGGGCGUGUCUAUGAUAACACAGGUCCUCUAUGCCGUCGUCUUCUGCACCCGCUACCUCGACAUCUUUCGAGAAAGGUACCUAUGGAACCUCUUCUUCAAGAUAUUCUACAUCACCUCGUCGAUUUACAUCAUCGCCAUCAUGCGAUGGGUCUAUCCGAGAACAAGGGAGAAGGAGCUAGCCUGGAAAAUGGGCGCCGUCGUCACGGCCGGGUCCCUCCUGCUCUCGCCUUUCGCCAUGCUCAUCUUUGAGGACAAGGCCUCCUGGAGCUUCCGCUGGUGGCUGUGGAACUUCUCCGAGAUCCUCGAGUCCGUCUGCGUCCUGCCGCAGCUGCUCCUGCUGCGCCAGACCACCGUGCCCACCGUCAUCGACUCGUUCUACCUCGUGGCCCUCGGCUCGUACCGCGCCCUCUACGUCCUGAACUGGAUCUGGCGCGGCCUCGACCCCUCGGACCACGCCCCCAACGGCGUCUCCGUCAUCUUCGGCAUCAUCCAGACCGCCCUCUACAUCGACUUCGCCUGGGUCUACUACUCGCGCCAGCGCGUCAAGCUCCGCAACGGCGGCGUCGUCGACGCCGACGACAUGCGCCGCGGCUGGCUCCUCAACCGCAUCUUCGGCAAGCGCUUCGACCACGUCGAGGGCGACGACGAGGAGAACGCGCCCGCGCUCGGCGGCGGCGGCGGCGGGGCGCGCAACGGCGAGGCCGGUCCCGGGCGCGGGCCGCAGAGGGCCAAGUGGGGGUCGCGAGGCAUCUCGGUGAGCGCGGACGACACGACGCUGGAGCACGAGCAGCGCCUGGACGGGGACCACAACAUCGACGGCACGGUGGACCCGGACGCCAAGAUGAAGGACCCCGACGAGCUCGCUCGAGCUCUGGACGAGGACGACGAGGACGACGCGCUCGCUGGUGCGAGCUCGAGCCGCAGCGGGCAGAAUGGCAUGAGGAACGAAUGGGCUGAUUAG